AUUGACGAAUGCUUGAUUGGAUUCGGACAAUGUGGACUAACGUUUAUAUGUGUGAAUACUAUUGGAAGCUAUUCGUGCCAAUGUCCACCGGGUUAUCUUCUGAAUGCGAAUGGAACUCUGUGUGUGGAUAUUGAUGAAUGCCUUCAAAACUUGAACAAUUGCACGCAACCAUCACAACGCUGUAUUAAUUUACCGGGCAGUUUCCAGUGUGAGUGCAACUCACCAGCAUUCAUUAGCACUGUGAAUGGAUGUGUUGAUAAUGAUGAAUGCCUGAGUUAUCAAGUUUGUCUUAUAUCUGAUCCUUCAUCCGCUUUCUCUAGCGUUUCAAAUUUGUCUUUAUUGGUCAUGCCAUUAAUAAGUUUCACGACUAAAUUGCAGUUCAACUGUCCAGAAUAUUCGACCUGUUUGAAUACAUUAGGCAGUUAUAAGUGUGCGUGCGAUCAAGGUUUUAGACCAGAAAUCAGAGGCGAUAUUAUUGUUCGAUGUGUGGACAUAAACGAAUGUGAGGAACAACCUGAUGCUUGUCCUCGAAGUGCAAAAUGUAAGAAUCGCAUUGGAUCAUACGAAUGUGAGUGUAUGCCUCCGUCGAUUCAGCACGGUCUUCGUGAUUGUGUUGUCAAUACGUCGUGUCCAAACGAAUGUAGCGAACAUGCGUACUGCUUGAAGAGCGAACGACCUGACGGUGCUGUCUACAACUGUACCUGUGAUGUGGGUUAUGCCGGUGAUGGAGCCAUCGCAUGUCUACGUAUGUGCAUUAUUCAUGCGAAUCGUUGUUUCGAUCAGCUUGUUUUAAUCAGCAGCAAAAUUUUCUUAUGUUUUCACUCGAUAUCAUAA